AUGGCUGCCCCUGUUGUCAUCUCUGCUGCUCAAGUGAUCCUCAAUAACUUCAUUCCACUUGCUUCCGAACAGAUCAAACUGGAGUGGGGUUUCAAGGAAGAUCUCGAAACCCUCCGCAGAAGGUUGAUACUCAUUCAAUCAUUGUUAAGUGAUGCUGAGAACCAGAGAAUAACAUCAGCAAGUAUGCGGGAGUGGCUGAAGAAUCUCAAGCUUGUAACUUGUGAUGCUGAGAAUGUGCUUGAUGAGUUUGCAUACGAAGCUCUUCGAAGAAAGUUGGAGGUGAAAAACCGAAUGAGAAACAAGGUACGCAAUUUGUUUUCUCUCUCGAAUCCAUUGGCAUUUCGUCUCAAGAUGGCUCAUAAGGUCAAGGAUAUCAAUUCAAUGUUAGACUUGAUUUGCAAAGAAGCAAAUGACAUCGAUCUUAAACCAGCUGAUCAGCUCUUAAAUGCUGCUAGUACCAAUGUUAAACCUAGAGAUUUGAAUUUCAGGCUGACUCACCCCUUUGUAGAUGAUUCACAAGUUGUUGGAAGGGAUGGUGACGUAUCAACUGUGAUAGACAUGUUAAUUGGCUCCUAUGACAGUGGAGAUGAUUUAUCUAUCAUUGCCAUUGUAGGAAUGGGUGGGAUGGGUAAGACAACCCUAGGCCAGCUAGUUUACAAGAACAAGAAGGUGGUGAAGUAUUUUGGUGAUCAAAGGAUAUGGAUUUGUGUAUCUAAUGAUUUCGUAGUUAAAAGGUCAUUGAAUGAGAUGGUUCAAUCUCUUACUCGAAAUCAGUGUGAGAUGGAAAAUAUUGAAGGGAUAGUGAGAAUGCUUCAAGAAAAACUAUAUGGAAAAGAGUAUUUGCUUGUACUAGAUGAUGUUUGGAAUGAAAUUGCAGACAAGUGGGAGUGCAUGAGAAAUUCUUUGCUAGGAAUAGGUGGAUCCAAGGGAAGCAAAAUUAUAGCUACAACCAGGAGUAUGCACGUGGUAUCUACAAUGAGGACAUCUCCAUCUCUCACUCAUCAUUUUGAGCCAACUAUCAGAAAAUAA